AGGAAGGAAGGAAGGACGAUAGGGAGGAAGAAGAGGAGGCAGGGAGGAAGAAAGGAAGCCCCCGUCCAAGGUCUCUCCAGAUGCCGCCGCCGCAGCAGCAUCAGCAGCAGCAGCAGCGGCGCCCGGGACGGAGGCUCCCCAGGGGGCAGCGGCUCCUCCUGGUCGCGGCCGUCCUCCUCGGCCUCCUGCCAACUGCCUACGGAUUCGUAUCGUGCUCACCGAGUCCCUGUAAAAAUGUCGGAGUUUGCGUCUCGUCGCCACGCGGGGAAUCACAUUGCAACUGCACCUCCAAGUACGUGGGCGAGUACUGCCAGUAUCGGAAUCCAUGCCUGACGGGUCACCGCUGCCAGAACGGCGGCUCUUGCUACGUGCGCGACGACACCAACGGCGCGCCCUCCUUCUUCUGCUCCUGCCCCGUCGGCUACUCGGCCAGCCUCUGCGAGAUCAAGAUCGACAACGCCUGCGACUCGUCGCCCUGCGCCAACAACGGGACCUGCGUCCUACACUCCCUCUACGACUACACCUGCUCCUGCGCUAAUGGAUACACCGGCGAAUACUGCGAGGAAGUCGAUUAUUGUGCGUCAUCGCCGUGCCGCAACGACGCGCAAUGCAAAUCAUUGUCGAAUAGUUACCAGUGUACUUGCGCCCAGGGCUUCACAGGACCAAACUGCUUCGAGGAUAUCAACGAAUGCGAAAAGAACCCGUGCCACUUUGGCUCGUGUCUCAACACCCACGGAUCGUACAAAUGUAUGUGCAACACCGGAUAUACCGGCCAGAAUUGCGAAAACAAGUACAUCCCCUGCGACCCGUCGCCGUGCCAAAAUGGAGGCGUCUGCCACCAAAUCGACAAGCUCACCUACAAAUGCACAUGUCCAGAUGGAUUCACCGGUGAUCAGUGCGAGGAGAACAUCGACGACUGCGAGGGCAACCUCUGUCAGAACGGGGCCAAGUGCAUCGACCGGCUGAACGAGUACUCGUGCCUCUGCCCGCCCGCGUUCACCGGGACCCAGUGCGAGCACGACGUAGACGAGUGCUCGGUGAGGCCCUCGCUCUGCCAUAAUGGGGCCACCUGCACCAACAGCCACGGCAGCUACUCCUGCAUCUGCGUCAACGGCUGGACCGGACCCGACUGCAGCGUCAACAUCGACGAUUGCGCCGGUGCCGCCUGCUUCAACGGCGCCACGUGCAUCGACAGGGUCGGCAGCUUCUUCUGCCAGUGCACCCACGGCAAGACUGGUCUUUUAUGCCAUUUGGACGACGCUUGCACAUCGAAUCCUUGUCAUCAGGACGCGGUGUGUGACACGAGUCCCAUCAAUGGAUCCUUCACGUGCUCAUGUACUAGCGGUUAUCGCGGCAUCGACUGUUCCGAAGAUAUCGACGAGUGCAAGCAAGGAUCACCGUGCGAGCACGAUGGCAUCUGCGUGAACACCCCGGGCUCGUUCGCCUGCAACUGCACGCAGGGCUUCACGGGGCCGCGCUGCGAGACGAACGUCAACGAGUGCGAGUCCCAUCCCUGCAGGAACGACGGCUCGUGCCUCGACGAUCCCGGCACCUUCCGAUGCGUCUGCAUGCCUGGCUUCACCGGCACGCAGUGCGAAAUAAACAUAGACGAGUGCGCGGCGAACCCCUGCCUCAACAACGGCAUCUGCACCGACCUGAUAAACGGCUUCAAAUGCAAAUGCGCGGACGGCUUUGCGGGCAUCCACUGCCAAAUCAACAUCGACGACUGCGCCUCCUCGCCAUGCCGCAACGGCGGCACCUGCCACGACUCGAUCGCCCGCUACACCUGCGAGUGCCCACCGGGUUUCACCGGCGCCUCCUGCGAGACCAACAUCAACGACUGCCAAUCCAAUCCCUGCCACAGCGGCAUCUGCAUCGAUGGCGAGAACUCCUUCACCUGCAACUGCAUACCCGGCUUCACGGGCAACCUCUGCCAGAUGCAGAUCGACGAGUGCGAGAGUAGCCCUUGUAAAUUCGGUGGCAGGUGCGAGGACAAGAUCAACGGCUACCAGUGCAUCUGCAGCCCGGGCACCUCCGGCAACGACUGCGAGAUCAACGUGAACGAGUGCUACAGCAAUCCCUGCAUGAACGGCGCCACGUGCGCCGACGGCAUCAAUAGGUACUCCUGCGUGUGCGUACCCGGCUUCACGGGCCCCCACUGCGACACGGACAUCAACGAGUGCGCCUCGAAUCCCUGCGCUAACGACGGACACUGCAUCGACCUCGUCAACGGGUUCAGGUGCGAGUGUCCCCGGGGCUACUAUGACGCCCGAUGCCUCAGCGACGUCGACGAGUGCGCCUCGAGCCCGUGCAUUAACAGCGGCUCCUGCGAGGACGGCGUCAACCAGUUCAUCUGCCACUGCCUGCCCGGCUACGGUGGCAAGCGCUGCGAGGUCGACAUCGACGAGUGCGGCUCGAACCCCUGCCAGCACGGGGGUAUCUGCAAGGACAGGCUCGACGGAUACAGCUGCCAGUGCCUGCCAGGCUACGCGGGCGUCAAUUGCGAGACCAACAUCGACGACUGCGCCAACAGCCCCUGCCAGAACGGGGGCUCCUGCAUCGACCUCGUCAACGACUACAAAUGCGUCUGCGAGCUGCCCCACACGGGCCGCAACUGCGAGAACAAACUCGACCCCUGCUCGCCCAACAAGUGCCUUCACGGAGCCAAAUGCUCGCCGUCGUCCAACUUCCUGGACUUUGCGUGCACGUGCACGGUCGGCUACACGGGCCGACUCUGCGACGAAGACGUGGACGAGUGCAUUGUCACGUCGCCCUGCAGAAACGGAGCCACCUGCCGCAACACCAAUGGAUCGUACCAUUGCGUCUGUGCCAAGGGCUACGAGGGCCGCGACUGCAUCAUCAACACCGACGAUUGCGCCUCUUAUCCCUGCCAAAAUGGCGGCACGUGCCUCGACGGUAUCGGCGACUACACGUGCCUCUGCGUCGACGGCUUCAGCGGCAAGCACUGCGAGGUCGACGUGGACGAGUGUCUCUCUUCGCCCUGCCAGAAUGGCGCCAUCUGCAAGGAAUACGUCAACUCGUACACGUGCCAGUGCAAGCUCGGUUUCUCCGGCAUCAACUGCCAGACGAACGACGAAGACUGCACCGAGUCCUCGUGCAUGAACAGCGGCAGCUGUAUCGACGGCAUCAACAACUACACCUGCGUUUGCCGACCCGGUUACACGGGCUCCAACUGUCAGUACCGCAUCAACGAGUGCGACAGCAAUCCCUGCGAGAACGGGGCGACCUGCCACGAUCACGUCCAGUAUUACACGUGCCACUGCCCUUACGGCUUCACCGGCGAACGCUGCGAGAGCUACGUCGAGUGGUGCGCCGAGUCGCCCUGCGAGAACCAGGCCACUUGCCUCCAGCAGCGCAACAAGUACGAGUGCAGAUGCUCGCCCGGAUGGACGGGCAAGGUCUGCGACGUGGAGAUGGUCUCGUGCAAGGACGCGGCGCUUCGCAAAAAGGUGUCGGAGAAGUGGCUCUGUAACAACGGCACCUGCAAGGACAUCGGGAACAGCCACAGCUGCCUCUGCAACGAGGGCUACACGGGCAGCUACUGCCAGACGGAGAUCAACGAGUGCGACACGGCUCCGUGCCAGAACGGCGCCACUUGCAAGGACCUCGUAGGCUCCUACCAGUGCGACUGCACCAAGGGCUUCCAGGGCCAGAACUGCGAGCUGAACGUCGACGACUGCAGUCUCAAUCCGUGCCAGAACGGCGGCACCUGCCACGAUCUCGUCAGCAACUUCAGCUGCUCCUGCCCGUCCGGCACCCUCGGCUACAUUUGCGAGAUCAACCUCGACGACUGCGUGGUCGAUGCCUGCCACAAUAACGGCACCUGCGUCGACAAGGUCGGCGGCUUCGAGUGCAAGUGCCCGCCGGGCUUCGUGGGGCCGCGCUGCGAGGGCGACAUCAACGAGUGCUUGUCGAACCCGUGCGCCGCCCCCGGCACCCAAGACUGCGUCCAGCUCGUCAACAAUUAUCACUGCAACUGCAAGCCCGGCUAUAUGGGCAGGCACUGCGAGGUAGAGGUCAACUUUUGCGACAGCUCGCCCUGCCAGAACGGCGGCAUCUGCACGGCCGAGAAGGCCGGCCAUACCUGCGUCUGCCCGAGCGACUAUUACGGGCACAAUUGCGAGUUCUCCGGCUCGUACUGCGACGCGGAGCCCUGCCUCAACGGGGGCUCGUGUCGCGUGACCGACAGCAGCGUCGGCUAUCGGUGCCAUUGUCCACCCGGCACCGCGGGCACCCACUGCGAGAUAGACGCGCGCGACGAAUGCCUGAGCAAUCCCUGCCAACAGCCCGACGCCAUGUGCGAAAAUCUCCUCGGUGACUACGCCUGUUACUGCCCGCCAAAAUGGACCGGCAAGAACUGCGAUAUCUACGACCCGAGCUACCGGGGCGGCGUCUUCGGGCGCAGAAAACCCUCCAGCACCAGCAUCAUGAACGCCUAUGACCUCGACCUCGAGCGUGAGCGCAAAAAGUGCAUGGAGAACAAGUGCGAGGAGAAGUCGGGCAAUCACAGGUGCGACGAGGAGUGCAAUCGUUACGCCUGCAACUUCGAUGGCAACGACUGCUCCCUCGGCAUCAAUCCCUGGAGGAACUGCACCGCGCCCAUCAACUGCUGGGACGUCUUCAUGAACGGCGUCUGCGACGAGGUCUGCAAUAACGCCCAGUGCCUCUUUGACGGCCGCGACUGCGAGAAGAGGCUCGAGCCUUGCAACCCCAUCUACGACGCCUACUGCCGCAAGCACUACGCCAACGGCUAUUGCGACUACGGAUGCAACAACGAGGAGUGCAACUGGGACGGCCUCGAUUGCGAUCGCGCCCCGCCCUCGCUUGCCGAGGGCGUCAUCUCCGUGGUCGUGCGUAUGGACAUGCAGAGCUUCCGCACGAACGUCGUCGCGUUCCUCCGUGACAUUGGCCACGAGCUGCGCACGACCUUGCGGGUGAAGCAGGACGAGCUCGGCCAGGACAUGAUCUACCCGUGGAAGAGGGACCGCGAGCCGAGCAUACAGACCAACUUCUUCGGCAGGCCGACCAACAUUUACACGGAUAAGCAGACGGGCAUCGUCGCGUACCUCGAAAUCGACAAUCGCAAGUGUACGGUGACGCAGGGCGCCGUCUGCUUCCCUACGGCGAACGAGGCCGCCGAGUACCUCGCGGCCACCGCCUCCAAGCACUCGCUCUCCCGCAACUUCCCGAUCGAGAAGGUCGAGAGCCCGAGUCUCGAUUACCCGGACACACCCACCAACUACAAAUACGUCUUUAUCGGCGGCGUAAUUGUCAUUCUAAUUGCCACCCUCGUGGGUGUGCUCGUAACCGCUCAGCGCCGUCAUCCCGGCAAGAUAACGACCUGGUUCCCCGAUGGAUUCAUCCGGACGUCGGGCGGUAGCGUGCAGAGGCGCCGAUCGAGGCGACGCGGUCCCGACGGGCAGGAAAUGCGCAAUCUCAACAAGCAGCCCCCGGGUAUCAAUUGUAUGGACCUUGACGUGGGCAACGGCCGGGCGCAUCAGUGGUCCGACGACGAAUCCGAUCUCCCGCCCUCGAAGAGGAUGAGGGCCAUCGAGCCGGGUUACGCGAGCGACCACACGGUCGUCACCGAUUACGAGGAGGCCGAACCGCGCAUGUGGACCCAGCAGCACCUCGACGCAGCCGAGGUUCACAAUAGACCCGAGGCCGGCGUGCUCACGCCACCGAGCCUCGAGCACGGUCAAGACGUGGACGCCCGCGGUCCCUGCGGCAUGACGCCCCUAAUGGUCGCGGCCGUCCGCGGCGGUGGACUCGACACUGGCGAGGAAGACGAGGAGAGCGACGGCACGGCGGCCGUAAUCGCCGAUCUCGUGGCGCAGGGUGCCGACCUCAAUGCCACCACCGACAAGACCGGCGAGACGUCCCUCCACCUCGCAGCUAGAUACGCUCGAGCGGAUGCGACGAAGCGGCUCCUCGACGCCGGAUCGGAUGCCAACUCGCAGGACAACACCGGUCGGACGCCCCUACACUCGGCCGUCGCCGCCGACGCGAUGGGCGUCUUUCAAAUUCUGUUGCGCAACCGCGCGACGAACCUCAACGCCCGCAUGCACGACGGCACGACACCCCUCAUACUCGCAGCGAGACUCGCCACCGAGGGUAUGGUCGAGGACCUCAUAAAUGCGGACGCGGACAUCAACGCCGCGGACAAUAGCGGCAAGAGCGCCCUACACUGGGCCGCGGCCGUUAACAACGUCGACGCGGUCAACGUGCUCCUCGUUCACGGGGCCAACAGGGACGCCCAGGACGACAAGGACGAGACGCCCCUGUUCCUGGCGGCGCGCGAGGGCAGCUUCGAGGCUUGCAAGGCCCUGCUCGACACGUUCGCCAACAGGGAGAUCACCGACCACAUGGACAGACUGCCGCGGGACGUGGCCAGCGAGCGCCUCCACCACGACAUCGUUCGACUGCUGGACGAGCACGUGCCGAGGUCGCCCCAGAUGGUCUCCGUUAUACCCAACGGCCAGCUCAUGGGCUCGCCCAACCACCCUCAGCUCAUUGCGCACCCGACGGUCAUCGGUGGCGCGCCCAAGCAGUCCAAGUCAAAGAAGCGGCCGAAGCCCGGCUCGGGCAAUCCCAACAGCCCGGAGUCGGAAAACGGCGGCGGGGGCGGCGCGGCCUCGGUUCGGCGAAAACCCUCGGUUAAGAAGCAGCCGCCGACGAAGCGCGGCGCCCAGCCGAAUCCCAACCAGGAGCUGCCCCAGGGCGCAGAGGGGGCCGAGGGCAGUCUGCCCAGCCCCUACGACAGCGCGAGCCUCUACAGCAACGCGCUGCCGCCCUUGGUCGCGGCGGUGGCAACCCACACGCAAACGACAGCAGCCGCCGCCGCGGCGGUGGCCCAGGCUGCGGCGGUCGCGGCCGCGGCAGCGGCUCAAGCGGCAAAGCAGCCGCCCCCCUACGAGGAUUGCAUCAAGAAUCAGACGUUACAGCAGCAGCAACAACAGCAACAGCAGCAACAGCAGCAACAGCAGCAGCAGCAGCAGCAGCAGCAGCAGCAAAACAGCCUGCAGCAGCAACUCAGCCACCUUACGAACGACGGCUUCACGAGCUACGGCCUGCCAAAUUUUCACGAGCAGCUGCUGGCCGCGCAACAACAGCAGCACCAGCAGCAACAGCGCCAGCAGUCCAACGGCGCCGCGACUAUGGUCGUGAAUACUCUAUCGCCGCCUUACAGUAAUCAGUCACCACCCCACUCGGUCCAAUCCAACAUGACCCUCUCGCCCCAGGCGAGCUACAUGGGCUCGCCCUCACCGGCCAAGAGCCGACCCUCCCUGCCGACCUCGCCGACUCACAUCGCCGCGAUGAGGCAGGCCACCCACCAGAAACACGGCGGUAUGCCGCCGGUGGGGUUUGACUUUGACACCCUGCCCUACCCCCAGCAGCAGAUGCAGCCAACCCCUCAACAGCAACAACAACACCAGCAGCAGCAACAGUUUCAACAGCAGCAGAUGCAACCUACUCCCCAACAGCAGCAGCAGCAGCAGCAGCAGCAGCAGCAGCAGCAGCAGCAGCAGCAGCAGCAGCAGCAGCAGCAGCAGCAGCAGCAGCAACAACAACAACAGCAGCAGCAGCAGCAAAUCCAGCAGCAGCAACAGCAACAGUACUACCAGUACUUGACGCCGCCUUCGCACCAUUCGGGUCCCGACGUCACGCCCCAGCAUCUGAUGCACGCGCCCGAGAGCUUCCCGACGCCCUCCCCGGACAGUCCCGGCCACUGGUCCUCGAGCUCGCCCCACUCGAACAGCGACUGGUCCGAGUGCAUGGCCUCGCCCCAGAACGCCUACGGCUCGGCGAGCGCCGCCGCCGGACACCAAAGCAACAAGGGCUCCGAGGCCAUCUAUAUCUGAGGGGUGCGCCACGGGGUCCUCCAGCUUCUCCAUCCACACAAACACGCGCCUCUCCUACGAACCGCUAUCAUUUGACUAACGGAUAGCGAGAGAGCGCGAGAGAGAGAGAGA